GUUCUCAACUUCGGCGACCACCGGUAGUGAGUAAGGAGACUAGCCGGCACGCAAUGGCGAAGUGGUUACGUUUCUCGCUCCUCUUUUUGGGAGUUUUCUCUCUGCACUGCGCCGCGUCGGCCGACAACAGCGGCGUGAAGAAGAUGAAAAUGCAGUUCGCCACGGGGCCCCUACUCAAAUUUCAAAUUUGCAUUUCCUGAGGGUACAAGCGGGUGUUUGAGGAGUACACGCAGGCCUUGUACCAGCGGUACCCAGACAUCCGCAUUGAAGGGGAGAACUAUCUUCCUAUACCUAUCUAUCGCCACAUUUCAUCCUUUCUGUCUGUGUUCAAGCUGCUGGUGAUUGGGAUGAUCAUUAUCGGCAAAGACCCAUUUGCCCUGUUUGGUAUGCAAGCCCCGGGCAUUUGGGUUUGGGGCCAGGAAAAUAAGAUAUAUGCCUGCAUGAUGGUUUUCUUCUUCAGCAAUAUGAUCGAAAACCAGUUAAUGUCAACAGGGGCUUUUGAAAUCACAUUAAAUGAUGUACCAGUGUGGUCAAAACUGGAGUCGGGUCACCUUCCCUCCAUGCAGCAGCUUGUGCAGAUCCUGGAGAAUGAGAUGAAGAUGAACGUUCACAUGGACACAAUGUCACACCAUCGCUCCUAACCCUACACUGCCGCCCCCCCUCCCCCUGCUGGAGCCAAAGGUCCCUCCAUGUUUGAGGUGGGUUUCCCACUGGGCUGUGAAGUGAUGUUUAUGAAGGUCUGUGCUGAAGGCAGGGAGACUGUUUGCACAGGCUGGAUGUCCCCAUCACUCCUCACCAUGCGUUUUGGAGAAUCUCUUCCUCUGACACCUGAAUGGGACCAAUAGCAACUUUGCCAGCCAUCAUGUCAUUUUGUUCUAUUUUUAUUACUACUGCAGAAUUCAUCUUGUGCAAUAAACAUUCAGUUUAGGCGUAGGGAAAUCUCAGUCAUCAACAUUCUUACGAGAGUUAACACUGACUUAUAGUCAUCAACUUGUCACAUAAAUUAAUCCAUGUGAGUGAUUCUUCCUUUUUACCAUUGAGCCAUUUUGUAUAAUUUAGCCAUUUUUUUUCCUUAAAUUACAUAGUGUUGUGUACAAUACGCCAUACACUGUCUGAUUACAAUGAAAAUAAUGUUGGGAAAUUACAUUUUUGUUGAUUUCUGAAUUCUAAUUUUUAUAUUUACCUUGCAUAGAAAGAAAUUAAUGAAGAUUAAUAAAAAGUAAAUAUUGUUCUGUGAAGUUCUGUUUUUCCUCAACUCUUGUCUGCCUCAAUGAAAUUUUAUAAGUUGUGGUAAAAGACAAUGUAAAUUAUUAAACCUA